AUGCGACAUGAUACAAUUCAAGCAAGAUGGAAGGCACAACUGCGGCGGCAGCAUAACAGUGUUUUUCAAGGAGAAGCGAUAGCAAUUGCCCAAGCAGUUAACUAUUUGCUCUCCUCUAACAUCCAUAAUGCCACCAUCAAAACCGACAGUUUGUCGUCGUUGCAUGCCAUCAUGAACCCCAACCAUGUCAGUAAAAUAAUACAGGGCAUUCAAGCAAAUCUGCGCCAAUGCAACCUGCACAUCAAGCUUGAAUGGAUCAAAGCACAUGCGGGUCAUCUCGGAAACGAGAUGGCGGACCAACUUGCCAAAGAAGCGGCGUUAGGCCCGACAGAUUUGCAGUUCAAUAUCCCAUGGCCGGUCACAUUUUCUAAAGAAGUCACUACGACUUAA